AUGCUUCGGACAACGUCGUUAGAGCUGGUCUCACUCCAAAACACAUACAUGUUCAAACGCUCUGCUCUAUGCUUACCUACAAACUGUUGCCCGGAGAUUUUGAAAGGAUUUCCUCUGACGCCAUACAUUACAAGAUAUCUUCCUCCAUUUGAUGAGUUCGAAGUGGAUCGGUUUGAUCGUCCUAUAGGGAAAUCGACGGUUUUGUCCGGCAGUCCCCGGCCGUCGGUUUAUCUGGUUAUUGAAGGAAAAGGGAUAUUGCAAACCGGUUCAUCAUCUCAAUUGUUGGUUAAUUAA